UCAUUAUACUACACAGCCUUUUCUUCAUAUGUUAAGGUUCCCAUUUCUGAACCUUACUCAUGAGUGGAAAACAGGAAAACGAGAAGAAAGAAAAAGAGAUGGAAGGAUUUCCAAUGAAAAGUAGUAUACAGACGAAAAAGUGAAAAUCCAGAAAUAUGAUACCUGUCUAGUUUCAAACCUCAACAACCAACCUUCCCUUUAUUGAGUAGAGAGCUCUGUUCUGUUGAUCCAAAAGAGUUAAACCCAUCACCUUAAUUCAAAUUAAUACUAUCUUAUUUGGUCCUGCAAUUGGAGACAACAUAAUCACUUCCACGGAGAAGCAGAUUCUGGAGACAACCCUUAAGAUACUUAAGCCACGUUUGAGUAAAGAGAUAUAAAAAUGGAAGGGGAUUUGAGCAGAAGCAUAAGCAGGAGUUUGAGCAGAACAAGUUGGAGAAUGGAGGAAGUGUUUGCAAGUGGGAGGUAUUCUAGAAGGACUUCAAGUGUUAAUGAGGAUGAAGAGGCUCUGAGGUGGGCUGCCAUAGAGAAAUUGCCAACAUAUGACAGGCUAAGAACAAGCAUUCUCCAAACUUAUGCAGAAGGUGAUCCUGCUCAGCCAGACAGAUUGCAACACAGGGAAGUUGAUGUUACAAAGUUAGAUGUUAAUGAAAGGCAACAGUUCAUUGACAAAAUCUUCAGGGUUGCAGAAGAAGACAAUGAAAAAUACUUACAGAAGUUCAGACACAGAAUUGAUAAGGUUGGUAUCCGAUUGCCAGCAAUUGAAGUGAGGUUUCAAAAUUUGAAUGUUGAGGCUGAUUCCUACAUUGGUAGCAGAGCUCUGCCAUCCCUACCCAAUGUUGCAUUGAACAUUAUGGAAUCAGCUCUAGGCUUAUGUGGGAUUAGUACUGCAAAGAAGACAAAGCUCACAAUUCUGAAAAAUGUCUCUGGCAUUAUUAAACCUUCAAGGAUGACCCUACUGCUAGGUCCCCCUUCUUCAGGAAAAACAACCCUUUUGUUGGCAUUGGCUGGAAAAUUAGAAUCUGAUUUGAGGGUAACAGGAGAAAUAUCUUACAACGGUUGCAAGCUCAAUGAGUUUGUACCUAGAAAGACUUCGGCAUACAUUAGCCAAAAUGAUGUACAUAUUGGAGAAAUGACUGUAAAAGAAACCUUGGAUUUCUCAGCUAGAUGCCAAGGAAUUGGGACACGAUAUGACCUAUUAGCUGAGCUUGCACGAAGGGAAAAAGAAGCUGGUAUAUUUCCAGAGGCAGAACUUGACCUGUUCAUGAAGGCUACUUCAAUGGAAGGAACAGAAAGCAGUCUCAUGACUGACUAUACUCUGAAAAUAUUGGGACUUGAUAUCUGCAAAGAUACCAUGGUGGGUGAUGAAAUGCAGAGAGGUGUGUCUGGUGGCCAAAAGAAGCGUGUAACCACAGGUGAGAUGAUUGUGGGGCCCACAAAAACACUAUUCAUGGAUGAGAUAUCAACGGGUCUUGAUAGCUCCACAACAUAUCAGAUAGUGAAAUGCUUCCAGCAGAUUACACACCUCACUGAAGCAACCAUCUUCAUGUCCCUGCUUCAACCUGCUCCUGAGACCUUUGAUCUCUUUGAUGAUAUCAUCUUAAUAUCAGAGGGUCAAAUAGUUUAUGAGGGCCCACGUCAGCACAUUGUUGAGUUCUUUGAGUCCUGUGGAUUCAAAUGCCCUGACAGAAAAGGAACUGCAGAUUUUUUGCAAGAGGUUACUUCAAGGAAAGACCAAGAGCAAUACUGGGCAAACAAACACAUACCAUACCGUUAUGUUACAGUGACUGAAUUUGCAAACAGGUUCAAGCAGUUCCAUGUUGGCAUGCAGCUUCAGAGUGAGUUGUCUGUGCCAUUUGAUAAGUCAUCGGGACACAGAGCAGCUCUUGUUUUCAAUAAAUACACAGUGCCCACAAUAGGACUUCUGAAAGCAUGUUGUGACAAGGAAUGGUUACUAAUCAAGAGGAACUCUUUUGUCUAUAUAUUUAAGACAGUUCAGAUAUGCAUUAUGGCCUUUAUAUCUGCAACAGUGUUCCUUAGGACUGAAAUGAAUAGAAGGAAUGAGGAUGAUGCAGCACUUUACAUUGGUGCAAUCUUGUUUACCAUACUCACAAACAUGUUCAAUGGUUUCUCUGAGCUACCACUUACAAUUACAAGGCUUCCUGUGUUCUACAAGCAUAGAGACCAUCUUUUCCAUCCUCCUUGGACUUACACCCUCCCCAAUUUUCUUCUAAGGAUUCCCAUUUCCAUGUUUGAGUCUUUGGUUUGGACGGUUAUUACAUAUUACACAAUAGGAUUUGCACCAGAAGCUAGCAGGUUCUUCAAGCACAUGUUGGUGGUGUUUCUUAUUCAACAAAUGGCAGCUGGGAUGUUUAGGGUCAUAUCUGGAGUUUCUAGGACAAUGAUUAUUGCUAAUACUGGUGGAGCUCUCAUGCUUCUUCUUGUCUUUUUACUUGGAGGUUUCCUCAUUCCUAAACGUGACAUUCCAAAUUGGUGGGUGUGGGGCUAUUGGGUUUCGCCACUGUCAUAUGCUUUCAAUGCCUUUUCUGUGAAUGAAAUGUUUGCUCCAAGGUGGGACAAACGGUCUUCAAGUGGUUUAACCUCUUUGGGUGUAGCUGUAUUAAAUAACUUUGAUGUUUUUACUGAAAAAAAUUGGUACUGGAUUGGUACAGCAGCUCUUAUAGGUUUCAUUAUUUUCUUCAAUGUUCUCUUCACCCUUGCACUCAUGUACCUUAAUCCUAUUGGGAAUAAACAAGCAAUUAUAUCGGAAGAAGAAGCAAGUGAAAUGGAAGUAGGAGGAGACUCCAAGGAAGAACCUAGACUUGUAAGGAAAGAGUCUAACAAAGAAGAACCACCUAGACAACUAUUUUCUGCUGAUGGAAACACCACAAGAGAAGUAGCAAUGCAGAGAAUGAGCAGUGGAGGUAACUCUAGUGGACGAGGAAAUGCUGAUCCAGUUCUUGAGUCAGCAGUAGGAGUUGCUCCAAAGAGAGGAAUGGUUCUUCCAUUUCAACCACUUGCAAUGUCUUUUGAUAGUGUUAAUUACUAUGUAGACAUGCCUGCUGAAAUGAAAGAGCAAGGAGUGACAGAUAACAGGUUACAAUUGCUUAGGGAAGUAACAGGUGCUUUUAGGCCUGGAGUUCUAACUGCUUUAAUGGGAGUUAGUGGAGCUGGAAAGACAACUUUGAUGGAUGUUUUAGCAGGAAGAAAGACAGGUGGCUACAUUGAAGGAGAUGUUAGAAUAUCUGGGUUCCCCAAGAAUCAAGAAACAUUUGCAAGAAUUUCUGGAUACUGUGAACAAACUGAUAUCCAUUCACCCCAAGUUACAGUCAGAGAAUCUUUGAUUUACUCUGCCUUCCUCCGGUUACCAAGAGAAGUCACCAAUGAUGAAAAGAUGAAAUUUGUGGAUGAAGUAAUGGAUUUGGUGGAGCUGAAUAAUCUCAAGGAUGCUAUAGUUGGGCUUCCGGGGGUUACAGGAUUGUCAACUGAACAAAGAAAGAGGCUGACAAUCGCUGUGGAGCUUGUCGCGAAUCCUUCAAUCAUUUUCAUGGAUGAACCAACUUCAGGCCUCGAUGCAAGAGCAGCAGCCAUUGUUAUGAGGACAGUGAGAAACACUGUUGACACUGGAAGGACAGUUGUCUGCACAAUUCACCAACCUAGUAUUGAUAUCUUUGAAGCCUUUGAUGAGCUGUUGCUGUUGAAGAGAGGAGGGCAAGUGAUCUACUCAGGUCCAUUAGGAAGGAAUUCACACAAGAUUAUAGAAUACUAUGAGGCAAUUCCAGGGGUUCCAAAAAUCAAAGAUAAGUACAACCCAGCUACAUGGAUGUUAGAGGUAACAUCUAUAGCCGCAGAAGUUCGGCUUGGAAUGGACUUUGCUGAAUACUACAAAUCAUCGUCUUUGCACCAGAGAAACAAAGCACUUGUAAGUGAGUUAAGUACACCUCCUCCUGAAGCAAAAGAUCUAUAUUUCCCCACUCAAUUCUCUCAAUCCACUUGGGGACAGCUUAAAUCCUGUAUAUGGAAGCAGUGGCUGACUUACUGGAGGAGUCCAGAUUAUAACCUUGUCAGAUAUUUUUUCACCUUGGUUGCAGCUCUCAUGGUGGGGACAGUAUUUUGGAGAGUAGGCAAAAAAAGGGAUAGCUCAGCUAACCUUAACACAGUCAUAGGAGCACUCUAUGGUUCUGUCUUUUUUGUUGGUGUUGACAACUGCCAAACUGUUCAACCAGUAGUAGCCAUUGAAAGAACAGUGUUCUAUAGAGAAAGGGCUGCUGGAAUGUAUUCUGCUUUACCUUAUGCCAUUGCACAGGUUCUUUGUGAAAUACCAUAUGUAUUUUUUCAAACUAUAUAUUUCGCGCUCAUAGUGUAUGCUAUGGUGAGCUUUGAAUGGAAAGUGGAGAAGUUCUUUUGGUUCUUCUUCAUCAGCUUCUUCUCCUUUUUGUACUUCACAUAUUAUGGGAUGAUGACUGUUUCCAUUACACCAAAUCACAUGGUGGCAUCAAUCUUUGCAGCCGCAUUCUUUGGACUCUUCAAUCUUUUCUCAGGAUUCUUUAUCCCAAAACCAAAAAUUCCUAAAUGGUGGGUUUGGUAUUAUUGGAUUUGCCCUGUAGCAUGGACAGUGUAUGGGUUAAUUGUCUCACAAUAUAGAGAUAUAACAACAGGCAUUAGUGUGCCUGGGAGGUCUGAUCAACCUGCACUCAAAGACUACAUUGAAGACCAUUAUGGAUUCAAAUCAGACUUCAUGGGGCCAGUUGCUUGUGUUUUGGUCGCUUUCCCUGUCUUCUUUGCCUUUGUAUUUGCUUUCGCCAUCAAAGUACUCAACUUCCAAACAAGAUAGAAAGAAAAAAAGGUUAAAUUAGUGGAAUAGAAGUUAUGUUACUUGCUAGUUUCCCAGUGAAAGUGCCUUGUUUAUGUGCAUAUGGCUAAGGACAACAAAUUUAUGCUUGAUGAUGGAUAAGGAUAAUCAUGUUCAUAAUUUUUGCUAGAAAGUUGAGUGUCGUUUAGUAAAUUAUAUAUCAUGUUGAUCAUGUAAUUUUUA